AUGGAACAAGGCAACGGCGUUGGUGAUUAUCAUCCGUCAUUGCCGGUGGUUAGGAGGUUGAGAACGAUGGAGUACCUUGGCUCUCCUCCUCCACCAAGACAGUGUCCUCGUUUUCAUUCCAACGACACCAAAUUCUGUUAUUUUAAAAACUACAACAUGAUUCAACCAAGGUAUUACUGUCGGACAUGCAAGCGCCACUGGACUCAUGGUGGCAUUCAACGUGACAUCACCAUUGGCGGCAAGCCCCACAAGGGAAGGAAAUUUAUCAACAUGUACGAGAAUAGGAGGGUUCAACCAACGCCGCCUCAACUCCAACCAUCUUGUCCACGAGCAAAUGUAGCUCCAGUAACUUUCGGUCCUUUGGCGCUUCCUUCGACGGUGACACCUUAUCGUGUCGAAAAUGGGUCUCUCAAUAUGGUAAACCCACUGAGAACUAUUGAGCCCCCAUAUAACUCAAGCCAAAAUUCUUUCCAGCCUACAACUAGGGAUUAUUGUUCAAGGAUAUUAUUGUUCAAGGACCCAGAAUUUCUUUUUGAACAACAAUGA